AUGUUCCUAAAAAUAUUCUUGUUCCUAAUUACAAUAGCCACAACAGUUGCACAAGAACGAAUUAUAACUACGAUUAAAUAUUCUACAUUCCGAGUUCAACCAACUAUUGUGCACGGUAACCCAGUAUUGACCGGCCAGAUACCAUACUUAGUUUCUAUCAAAGAAAAAUCUAAGAAAAUAUCUCGAACAAAGUCUUUGUGGGCGAAUUUGUGUGGAGGAAGCAUUAUAGCACAAACUAAAAUUCUCACGGCAGCUCAUUGCUUCGAAGGAAGACAUUUUUAUUAUGCAAAACAUUUUAAGCGAUUGAGGGUCGUUGCUGGCAAUUUGAAAAAUGAACUUGUUCACACAGGUCGCACACAUACAACACCAAAAGGCCAAUGGCGUUCCAUGGUGAAGGUGAUUCUCCACCCCAACUUCCACUUCCCAUCACACGACAUAGCCUUAGUAUUCCUCGACGAGAAAUUCGUCUACACGCAAAAAGUGGACUACAUUGUUCCCGCAGCGAAAUUAACAGACUAUCCAAGAACUUGCUUAGCUGCGGGAUUUGGCCAAACGGGGCCUGGUCCUGAACUAGCACCUGAGUUGUUAUGGGCAGAUAUUUUUAUUCUGUCACGAAGGCAAUGUGAUAUUUGGUGGGAAAUGAAUAUGGAUACUUUUAUUUGCACGAAUUCUCAGGCUUCUGAUGUCGGUGGAGGCGAUUCGGGAGGGCCUUUGGCUUGUUACGGAACUUUGGAUCCUACUGAACAAAGGGGCAGAGAUAUCCUGGUAGGAAUAGUUAGUGGUAAAAACUUUGACAAGACUACGCUAUUCACCAGGGUCUCUGCUUAUAAUAAUUGGCUGAAGUCUGAUGGGAAAAAUUUUGCGUGUGCUUGUGGACCGACGAAGUUUAUAGUCAAAUUAUAG